ACCCCAAGAGGCGCGCUAUGCCUACAUUAAUAUAACUCGAACCGCGGGCACGCUUUGUACUUCUAUUCGUAUAUUUAACAAUUAAAUACCGUUUGUACAAAUCGACUGGGCAUUCAAAGCUAAGUUAGAGGCAGCUGUGGUGUAAAUGAAUUUGGUAGCGGCGAGUGUUAGCUCGCUAGCUAAUACUUUAGCUUUAGCUCACUAGCUUGCCACAAGCACGAGACGUGUCUUCCUGGUAUGGAUGGAGAGAAAGUCACGCCGACCUCCAUUCAAAAAUCUGUGAAGUGAAAGCUCCACAAUGGUGAAAAUCUUCAUCGGCAACUUGUCACCAGACACAACGACAGAUGAGCUACGUUCUCUCUUCUCCCAGUAUGGCAAGAUUUCAGAAUGUGACAUUGUCAAGAACUUCGGCUUUGUGCACAUGGAUGACAAAGCUGAGGCAGAGGAGGCCAUCCGCAAUCUCCACCACUACGAGCUGAACGGCCAGCCCAUGAAUGUAGAAUUAAGCCGCGGUAAAUCGAGAGCUUCCACCAAGCUACAUGUGGGCAACAUCGCCUGCACCAACCAGGAGCUACGGGCCAAGUUUGAGGAGUUUGGGGCUGUGUUGGAGUGCGACAUAGUGAAAGACUAUGCUUUUGUUCACAUGGAGCGGGUGGAGGACGCCAUGGAGGCCAUCAAUAAGCUAGACAACACAGCCUUUAAAGGCAAACUGAUGAGUGUGAAGCUUUCAACUAGCCGCCUGCGCACUGCGCCGGGAAUGGGAGAGAGAUCGGGUUGUUAUCGUUGCGGGCAGGAAGGCCACUGGUCCAAAGAGUGCCCUCUAGACCAAAAUGGCUACCACAAAAACGAUGCGGAGCCAAGGUCUGACGGAUACGGUGCCAUGAGAUUUGGUGGGCGUGGUCGCAGCCGAGGUUAUCAUCCGGGCUUCGGUGGCGAUCCGGAAUUUGCCGGCAGCUAUGCUCCUGUACAUGGUUUUUCCCGGGGUUCUGGUCACAGCAGCGGUGUGGCACGGUACGGCAGGGGCGCAGGCUACGAGAGUGCAAUGAGUUACGGGGCGCCUCCAGGUUACAACGUAAGCGCUGCGGCUCAACAUAGCAUGGCUCGGAUGUACGGCAGCGAGGCGGCAUACGGGAACAGCAGCUCGCUCUAUGGCGCGGUACCAGCCUACCCGAUGCGACGGUCGUCUUGUGAGGACAGGGAUCCGUAUGGGGUCGUGGAUUUCUACGAGAAAUACAGGGCCAAUCCGUAUGGAGGCGGUUAUUUCGAGGAGCGCCGCACCGUCCCCUUGCCUGAUCCAUCACCUCCUACCUCCUCUGCUAUAAUGAGGGAACGUCUGCCACCCUCUAGCCUCGACCCCUAUGAGCGCCCUCCCCUCCCUCCUCCAUCAACCCCAAUCUCAUCAUACUACAUACGUGACCGGAGUCCGAUUCGGAGAGUCCCUACCGAGACAGAUGGGUAUGCGUUUGAGCGGUCGCGCCUCUCCCCGGUGCAAACCCUCCCGAGAAGUUCGACCUAUGAGCAUCCGCGGGAUCCCUAUGCUGACAGGUCGCGCUAUGCAUACUAAACCUCCUCCUACACUGCCUGGUGAGAGCUGAGUGGUGUUCACUGGGUAGGAUAGCAUAAGUGCCAUUGGAGAAACGAAAAAUCUAACACUAGUAUAUCUCACAGGUAAUAUCCCAGGUAAGAGUCAGACCUGUGUCUACAUGAGAUGACUGGCUAAGAAAGUCACAUCCAAGCCUGCUUAUCACGGUAGCCUAGGCCUCCUUUUUGGGAAUGAAGGUAUGGAUUUACAAGAUGUUGUACCUUCUAUCUCCAGGUAGUAUGCCAACAUGCAGUACAACUAAUACUCAACAGACCACCUUUAAUUGCUCUUGUUACCUAUUGUGGUUUAGUGCCACUCUGGGAUGGCAUAGCCAAAGUGUGGACAUGCUAAUAUUGGGUAUCUACAUCCUGGUCUACGGUCACUUCAUGACAGUGUAAGAUCUCAGUUUUUCCCCGUUGAAAAAUAGAUUGUACAUACGCUAUUUAGAUUUCCUUAGAUAAUGCAGAAUUAAAUUUAGUGCAUGUUGCAUGUUUUAAAGGUGAGUCCCUUUAUUACAUUCACAGAAUCUAAUGUUUUUCUCAUUGCCAUUAUUUUCCUGUGUUACUAUGAUCAUUUGUACUUUUUAUUUUCCUGAUUUACGAGACUCUUGAGGGUUACAGUGUAUGUGUUUGAGCAACAACAUCAUUUCACUCGAAGAAAUUGGAAGAAAAAAAAAAUACAAUAUUAUGAUGAACAAACUUUCUAUUGUUUUACAUGUGAUUUUUGUGUCAAACGUGGUCCAAAUAUGAACUCGCACAGAAUAAUUAAAGGUUGCAGUUUUUGCUUGGGCUAUGUCAAAGUAGGUUGUAAAUAAAUGGUGUGAAAUUUUGUUUGGGGGAAAAUCAUUCAGUUGUGAUCGUGGUUUGUUUAGCUGUACACACAUUCUUUUUUAUUUUAGAUCCUGUGAGAAAUUAGCUUCAACAUUUGAAUUCCUAUAUGGUUAAUUUUUUUUUUUUUAAUACAAUUUCACAUUGAAAAAAUUACCUCAGUGGCAUAUGAUCUCUGUUUUGAUUUGUAGUGCAGUUCAACUGUUCACUGUUUUAAUGGUUUAUCUGUUACUGAAUAAAUUCUGAUCUAAAAAGGA